GCUCCCCGCCGGCGGGUCCAGACGGUCUGGGGCGGGUCUGCGUGGGCACACGGGGACAGCGAGGCUGCGCUCCGGCGCGAGCACGGGCAUCCUCACGCUGAGGAGCGGGACGUGACUCAGGGAACGCACAAGCUUCUUCACCAUGGGAGCAGUAGUAGCUGACGAUGGUCCAUCAGGCGUUAAAGCCCCUGAUGGAGGCUGGGGCUGGGCUGUCCUUUUUGGCUGUUUUAUCAUCACAGGAUUCUCCUAUGCCUUUCCUAAGGCAGUCAGUGUCUUCUUUAAAGAACUUAUCCGGGAAUUUGGCAUUGGAUAUAGUGACACUGCAUGGAUUUCUUCCAUUCUGUUGGCCAUGCUUUAUGGAACAGGUCCACUUUGUAGUGUAUGCGUCAAUCGCUUUGGCUGCCGCCCUGUCAUGCUGGUGGGUGGCCUUUUCGCCUCCAUGGGGAUGGUGAUAGCUUCCUUCUGCACAAGCAUCGUCCAGAUCUACCUAACUGCAGGUGUGAUUACCGGUUUGGGUUUGGCACUAAACUUUCAGCCUUCACUCAUCAUGUUAAACCGCUACUUUGACAAACGCCGGCCCUUAGCCAACGGGCUCUCUGCUGCUGGGAGUCCAGUGUUUCUUUGUGCUCUCUCACCCUUGGGGCAGAUACUACAACAUGAGUAUGGUUGGAGAGGAGGAUUCCUUAUCCUGGGUGGGAUGCUGCUCAACUGCUGUGUAUGCGGAGCACUAAUGAGACCUUUGGAGCCACCCAAAAAGGCUGAAGCCACCAAAGAGCCAGCUGAGAAGAAAGUGAAGAAAAAACUUCUGGAUUUCAGUGUGUUUAAAGACGGUGGUUUUGUAAUCUAUACUCUAGCAGCAUCUAUCAUGGUGCUUGGCCUCUUUGUUCCCCCAGUGUUUGUUGUGAGUUAUGCCAAGGAUUUAGGGUAUCAAGACACCAAAGCAGCUUUUCUUCUGACUAUUCUGGGAUUCAUUGAUAUCUUUGCUCGCCCAAUCUGUGGAAUGGUAGCUGGUCUUAAAUGGGUUAGACCACGCUGUGUCUACCUCUUCAGUUUUGCUAUGAUUUUUAAUGGCUUUACAGAUCUCAUGGGUUCUAUGUCUGUUGAUUAUAGUGGAUUGGUGGUCUUUUGCAUUUUCUUUGGCAUUUCUUAUGGAAUGGUAGGUGCUCUUCAGUUUGAAGUUCUCAUGGCUAUUGUCGGUACACAGAAGUUUUCCAGUGCUAUCGGUUUAGUGCUCCUGGCAGAAGCUAUGGCUGUUCUGAUUGGUCCACCAUCAGCAGGAAAACUCCUGGAUGCAACAGGGAGGUACAUGUUUGUUUUCAUUAUUGCUGGAAUUGAAGUUACCACCUCAGCCCUUGUAUUGGCCUUGGGAAAUUUCUUCUGCAUUAAGAAAAAAUCAGAAGAACCACAUACAAAAGAAGAAGCAGCAGAAAGAGAGGAAUUAAACAAAUCUGAAAACAAAACUCCUGAAGAUGCCAAGGUGGACUCCAUUGAAGUGGAGCAGUUUCUGAAAGAUGAACCUGAAAAAAAUGGUGAAGUUGUAACUAACCCAGAAACAUGUGUGUGAGCAUGACAAGGAACUGAA